GCGUCUUGACGUAGAAAAACUUUUCUUAACUAUUGUUGAUACUUAAAAUAAUUUGUGUUUCUUGCUAAUUUUAAUUAAGUAUGAAAAGUAAUAAAUAAAUGAUCGAGUUAUAAAGCAUAAAAUAAAUGGCCUGUUAAUUUAGUAUAAUGAGGUAGUGCUAGUACAAAAUAUAAAAAAUGUUUAAACAACAGAUAUCGCCAAGGAGCGUUCAUCCUUACCAAACUACUGUUGUUCCGCGUAGUGAAAAACAAUUUGCAUCGGCCACACAACAAAGAGCAAAAUAUCCUUGGGCGGAAGAUAUUAACACGCCGGUUUGUCAAGUUGUAGCUACUGAUAGUUCAACCUCUGAAAAUGCCUACCAUGUUCCCCAAUAUUACCAAAGUACUCGAAGGGACUAUGGUCCUCCGUCGCCUGUUUACCAAACACCAUAUGCUACCGGAACAUGGCGUAAUUAUAAAAAAAGUGAAAACCUUCCUGUAAAAGUUAUGCCGUCCAGUACUUAUUCAUUUCCUCCUUGUGCUUCUGCAUUUUCACUGCCUCUCUGUGACAUGGAGCAUGCAAGAACUGUAAAUCGUUCUCCUGCUCCGACAGUGCCAUCAGUUAGCCCUGAGGUUCCUAUUAUUGGUGCUUGUGGUGGCCACUGCCCAGGAUUUGAAUAUGUGUGCUAUUAUAUAUUACAGGUGAUAUUUGUAGUAGGCGUAUUAACUGGAAUCUCUUUAUGUAUUGCUGGGAUUGUGUUGAGGCGGACUAAUCGUAAUGGUGAUUUAGGUGUCUUAGUUUAUAUAGGAUGCCUUUCAUCGUGUGUAUGUGGUGUUCUUCUUGGUGUCCAGUGUUGUGUCCGUCGUGAGAUCAGACAAAGGAAAUUGCGUGCCAAUUUGCAUAUUCCUAUGCAAUCUCUGCAGGAGGUCCCAGUCCAAGCUUGCCCAUUACUACCGUCUACAUUACCUCAUAGUCAAGUAUAUAGACCAACCACUGCCAAUGUGUACCCCGAAGAAGACAUAAUUGGUGUUCCUUGGUGGCGCCGAACUACUAGAGACUGAUUAGAUUUAAGUAUAUUUACAAAUCAAAUACUUUUGUAUCAUUAGUGCUAUUAUUUAAAAUAAAAUAAUAUUGCUU